GGUACACUGUGCGUUUUGACAACCUCUGUGCCACAUACAACCAUACGACCGUACAGCCCCCGUGUGCGAGCGACCUGAGCUGGUUUGGUUCGAAGCAGCACUCGUAGUUUAAUCGGUAAAUUUACCCUGCAAUCUAGUGUUCCGAGGAUCAAAUGUCCGCGCGGUGUGUAGUUAAGUGUCCGAAGCAUACGAUGUGGGUCAAGUUGGCCAGUUUAGUGUAUCGGAAGCGGUUGGAAAACGCGCUGAAAAAGUGAGCCUUCGUACCCUCUUUCGUCGUAGUGGUUAGGCACCAGGUCCCCCUUUUUCGUAUAUGGGAAAAAGGAAAAAGCAGCUUUGUUCGGUGAGAAAGUGUAUGUGGCUCACCUGGUGAGACGGUGAGUGCGCGAGUGGCGAAACGAACGCAGCAUCAGCCAGAGCGGUUUGCUAUAAGCGUAAAGGGUGCGGGCGCAAGCGAGUGAGUGAGUGUUGUGUCUUGCGGUGAUUAGUGAGAGUUCGGUCUGCUGCUAUCAAUAAUACUACGACUACCAGCAAGUUGGGUGCUUUUUUGUUCACCAGAAUGGUGUGCGGUGUAGAAAAUGAGCGAAAUGAAAUCACAUUCAUUGAACAGCGGAGAAGACAGAAACGGCUAUGAAUCCUAUGAAUAGAUUCAUCUGUACGACACAAAACGCAGAAUGAACAGCGCUGGUAGCACUGCGAGCAGCAACUAACCGUGCGAACGCAGGCCCAAGUAUCACCACCGAGAAGCAUCAGGCAAUAUCAACAGAACCACAAAAAGUGUAAAAUGUGUAAAAAUCUUUGUGCAUUCAUGUGAUUAGCGGUUCAAGUUUAUUUUUCUUUUGGCAACAAGCGUGUAUAUCUGUGUCUGUGCUCGAGAAAAAGAAGUAAAUCCAAACACAUCUUAGGUGAAAAAUUGAAUAUCAAAUGAAACCAAAUUGUGCAGUGUAUCAAUCAGCAGAUCGGAUCCCAUGUGCACACUGACCGGUUCCGGAACCGGUAGCAACACUGGCCAGAGUCUGCUGAACUAGGACACCAGUUCGGGUGGCAUAACACUAAAGCAGUAGCAACCGCAGCAGCAGUAUCCUGUAGUAGAAAUUUCCAGUUCUCCCCGGAGUCUGCCCGGAGGCCGUCGCACUUUUGCGUCCGCCUUGGCCGACAUCCGCCUUGGUACGCCAAUGAAUCGUCGGCAAUCGUUGGACAAGCCAGGUAUUCUGUCUCCUCCGGGUCCAUUUCUAACGCCAAGCCCAUCGCCAUCGAUACCAGCAAGUCCACGGCUGCAGCCUUCGCCGUCACAGUCACCGUUUCAACAGCAACAACCACAGGAAGUUCUGUUGGUAACAAACAGUAGUAUCGGCCACGUGACUUCGGAGCAAGAUCGAAAAAUCGGAAUUACCAACCGACGACAGUCGUUCAAUCAACAGCCUCAACAGCCGCAGCAACAACAACAGCUUAACAAUAACAGUCCAAAUGCUGGUACAGUGGUGUACCGUCCGAGUCCGACACAAUCGCCGGCCGGAGCCGCGACAUACAGUAUUACGACCUUACCUGGCAACGAGUUCAAUACAACACUAGUGGGCUCGAAUAACAUCUCGUUGCAUAAGAAGGGUCGAAAAUCCUCUUCGACAACAGUAAUUCAUCAGCCGCAGUUGCUCCAACAACAACAACCACAACAGCACCAACAGCAGCAGCAGCAGCAUACAUUCAUCCAGUCACAUGUCACGCAAGGACAUGGGACAACCAUCGGUCCUCCUGUAUGUAGCCCGAAAGCGGCGAAAAAAGCGCUGCAGCAACAUAUCCAGCAACAUCAACAGCAUCAGCAACAGCAACAACAGCAUCAGCAACAUCAUCACCUCCAUCAACAACAGCAUCCAGCACAAACUGUGUCCUUUGUUGGGAGUCCUAUCGCCAGUCCCAGUCCGAUUGCCAGUCCAAACGGAGGGCAAAUUCUGGUCACCACUAGUAGCCACGGUGGCUUGGGUGGCAGUAUUAUUGUGGGUAGUACGGGGCAUUCGAAUGCAAGUAGUACAGCUGGUCACGUUAGCUCAGGCGCAUCUGCCACUGGAUCAGCCCAGCUAAGACCGCCUACACCGCAACCUAUCAUUCAGCAAUAUCCUGUAAUGGGCGCCGGCAAUCAAAUAGUGCAAAUAUUUCAAGGUUCUCAAUUUAUCACUCAACAUCCGGCUGUUUCGCAGCAUCAGCAGCAACCAUCUUCUAUCCAGGGACAACCGCAGCAGCUGCAAAAUCGUCAAACGAUCAUAUCGCAUUCACCCCAACCCCAACACCUCAAUCAUCAGGCACUGCAUACAACGCAUCAUAACCACCAGCAACAGCAGUACAUACAACAGAUCAUAACAUCCUCUCCGUCCUCCGGUUCAGCGUCUUCGUCACCAGCGUCGGUGUCUGUUUCGGGGAGUACUGCGUUCAUCGGUGGACAUGGCCAGAAACAUCAGAAGGGUCCACAACAAAUCUUGCCAAAACCAGUAACUCCUUCUGUAUCUCCAUCACCAGGGUCUGCUCACCAGAGCCCCCAGCAACAAAUACAAGUUAGUUUCAACCCUACCUCUCUCAGUUACACCGGAAGCAAAACAGUAAUGAGUCAACCGAAGACAUCGAUAGCGACGGUAAUGAACCACAUGCCGGCACAGCUGCAUGUCACACAGACAGCCACUGGAGGGCAGUAUUUGACACAGUCUGGUUCACACCAAGCUCAACAACAGUCUCACUCUAGUGCCGCCCAACAACCUCAACUGGUGGCAACACCACAAACAACGCCUACGGGUGCUACAACAGCUGCAGCUACUGCUUCCCAAAAUAGUGGUUCAAUUAUCCUGCCGGCGGGGAAUUUAAAUGCACAACCUCUGCUACUCAACCAGAUGCCAGUAAUUGUGCAGCAGAACACCCCUCAGGGUGUACAACUAAUCCUGCGACCUCCAACUCCGCAGCUUGCAGCGCCAAGUUUAGUGAUUCACAAUUCCAGACCACAACUACAGCAACAGCAGCCUCAGCAAGUGCUGCGGAUAUUAAACACCAACGCAGCAAUGCAACUUGCGGCCGCUCCAACUUUCAUAGUAUCCUCUCAAGGUAACCUGGUACAGCAAAACAUACCCGGACUGAAAACCAAUCAAGGAGUUCCAUUGACCCAAAUACAGGGACUGUCGGGGCAAAGACAACCCCAGCAGCUAGCUGCUGCAAUAAAUCAACAUUUGCUCAGUCAAGGAGUAGCUCAAUUACAGAAUCUACAGUUGAAUGGGAAUCUAACCCAGAUCCAAGUGCCAAAUGGACUGAACGGCCAAUUGUUAACCUCGUUACCGGCCCAGUUCCAGCAAGGUAUAGGUGGUUUCAGCUUACAGAAUCAGAAUAUCAACCUGAAUCAGCUUGGUAGUGCGAAUUUUUCCCAACUAGCAGCGGCAGCGGCUGCUGCAAGUGGGGCUACCUUUACGUCCCCUCCCCCGACACCAGCCGUCCAAUCAUCGACUCAACCGGGAGAAAUUGUUAUGACUGGUCAUCAAAACAUUCAAUUUGCUGCAUCACAACCGAGCGGAACGAUAACGGCAACGACAAAUGUACCAAACCAACAAACGCCGCAAGGACAAAUCAUAACCAAUUCAUCUAUGGAUGGACAGCUACAUACAACGCAAAUUAUUCCACCCGUAUCCCAGGAAUCAAACCGUCUACCGGCACCAUUAAUUACAACGCAAAUCCCAUCUCAACAACAACAGCAGUAUUUCAGCGGUAAUACUAUAGCACAGCAGUCUCCAAUGCAAAUGCAACAUCAUCAUCAGGUUCAACAUAAGUUCGAAGUCGAGAAGCCGAAAAAGGAACGGAAGAGUAAAAAGAAAAAGACAACACAGCCUCCGAUUGCCACUGCUGCCCCGAUUAUCGUAACACCAAGCGUACCAGUCUCAUGCCAAGCUUCUACGGUUAGUGCUACGACGAUCUCAUCAACGCCGACCUCGGUGACGUAUUCAGAACCGAUGUCCUCUCCACCGACAUCACCGACAUUCGUCAAUACACACACGUCAACCGGAAAACUGGAUCUUGCUAAUCUUAUGAAAAUUUCCGGUAUUGGCAUUGAGGAUGACGAUUUUAUGGACGCAGACGAACAGCCGACCGCUCUGCCUCCACCGCCUCUAGUGCAGACAGCUGUACAAACACCCGCAGAAUACGCCAAUAUUGUGAUACCGAACGAAUCCGUUCCCAAGGAGUUAAUGUCACCACCACCGGCUCCACCGGUACCAGCAGCAACCACCGACAUAAUGAUCACCAUUCCAGCUAGUGCCGCUGGCUCCAAUCUUGACUUUCCCUAUACGAUCUCAAUCCCAACUUCCGGGUUGGAAGGACAAGAUGCUCAAAUCAAGACCACGGUAUCAAACGAACCACCAAUUCCAAAACCGCCAACUCCUCAGUCACAUCCGGUUCCUUCAACUCAACCACAGCACCAUCAAGAACAUCCUCCAUUUAUGAUCACAAUUGAUCCAUCCGGUGAUCCCAACUCUGCCCAACCGUACACGAUCUCCAUCCCUCGGCUUUCCAGUGGCAAUGCGGAAGACACCAAAAUAGUUAGUAUUGCAACGGUGGCACCAACUCAGACAAUUUCAACCGCGACUAGUAACACGGCACCAAUUACCACUCCGCAAAAUACAAUUUGCGUCAACAGCUUGAUGAACAACGUCCUGAGCACACAGAUGACACCGACGCUACAAAGUCAAAUAAAUGAAAUUCAAAAUCAGCUAAUCCAGGCAGCCACUUCAACAGCUCCUGUUUUUUCUACUGCUGUCCUAAGCCAACACUACACUACAGUGAGCCAACCGAUGCUGACCACUUCAACAAGUUUUAGCUCUCCGAUUGUAACGGCAACUUUAACCUCCCCAGUAACCACCUCGAUGGUGAUAUCGCCCAGUAAAACUACGGUAACACCCACCAAAAAGAAAUCUGGCGGUGGCAAGAAAAACGGCAAGAAAAUGGUCGAUAAAACGCUAGACACGAUCAACGCAAAUGUUCCGACGCAAAUUGGCAACAUUCAGAUCUCACAGAUCGAUGGUACGACAAUAAACAACAACAAAACCACGAAAGGAAUGAUUAACAAUCAGAUACAAAUCACCCCCAUUCUCGAUAACAAAACCUCUGGCCAACAGUUCCAAGUUGGAACUUUACCACAUGUUCCAGCUCCAGUAAAUCCUUCAUUGCCAGUUCAACUACAGCCACAACCUGUUCCAACGAUGGUAACUCAACAACAAUCUCAACCUUCAAGCCAGCAAGUGAUGCAACCGGCACCAGUACAACCACAACCACCACAGCCACCGCCACCUGUACAUCAUCAGCCGCCGCAACAACCGUCGGCUCAAGGCAUACUUUCACAAUUGACCGGGGCGUUAAGCCUCUCGUUGGGCGAGAAUGGACAUCUUAUUUUGAAACACGAUGUCAACAGUCCUCAGGACAGUCAGUCGCAAAUGAUUCUACAAGCAAUUCUCUCCGGUGCCCUGGGAAAUGUAAGUUUGGUGAAUGAACCGUCGAAACUUUUGCCACCAGUUGCGCCCACGACGCAUAUGAAUCACCAACAUCAUCAUUUAGCACCAGUGAUUCAGCAUACUCCUAAAACCGUAGCGACAGUUAGUGGCCAAAUCCAACAAAGAAAUGUAAUUGUUACCAGUUCUCAGCAUCAACCAACACCAACCGGACAUGUUAUACCGACAUUCAGCUCCCAACCCAGUCACACGAUGACGUCAUCCAGCCCCAUGCAAAUAGUACAGCAGGCGCCUCCACAACUGGUUCAACAACAACAACAACAACAACAGACUCUUGGUCACACGCACACAACUGGUGUGACGCAAAGUCUAAAGGAAGUCAGAAAACAGCACGAACCACAAAUCGAUGCUCAUCCGACAAUUCAGCAUCAACCACCUCAACAACAGACGGUCGUCAUCAAUUCGAAUGCACCGAAAUUUGUAGAGCUUCCCAAAGUUGCACCAAAUCAGCAACUGUUCUCCCUGAAUACACUGACAAAUCAAAUUACUCAGUUAAGCCCUGGUCAAACAACGGCAGCUCUAGGACCCAUGGAACGGCUUUUGAUCGUACCGACCGGGAUCAAUGCCCAACAGUUAGCUCAAUGUAUGCUACAAGGUCAGAUACACUUUAACAAUGUUGGAAACGUUACGCAAUCCAGUGAACCGAAACCACCACCACAAGCUUUACCUCCACCUCAACCACAACCACAGCAGACCCAGCCUCACAUGCCUCAAUUUCAUCAACAGCAACAAGUUGUUAUUCAAAACAAUCAACAUUUUAAACCAACGCCAAUGCCAGUGAUAACCAAUAAGGCGAUUAAUCCGGUAAAACCGGAGAAACCGAAACGAAGUCGAGCAAAGAAAGCAGACAAACAGCCGACCAAAACACCAAGCUUAGUGAAAGUGAACCCGGUGGGCAGUGGACUUCCACAAAACGUCAUACUUCAACCAGGACAGCACGCUCAACCGAUCCUGGCUGAGGAUGGCACGAAAAUUGGAACAAAGAUCGUUGGUACAGUGAAUCCGAAUAAUUUUGUGUCGAAUCCACCGCCGGCACAACCACCGCCGGUAGCACAGGUUCAACCACAGCAACAGCAUCAGCAGAUACAUAUCGGUAGUGGUGGCAGUAAAACAACAAUGAUGACUAAACCAGUCCCAGGAGCUAUCAAUUCUGUUAGCGGAACAACCCAGUGCAAUAAUCUUAUUGUGAAUAACGCCGGUAACACGGCGGUUACCGGUACGAAUACUCGAUACGACAGCACUAGUAACCUUAGCAUCAACAGCAACAACAGCAGCAUCAGUAGCAGUAGUAAUAGUAGUAGUAGCAGCAGUGUAAAUGUGUGUGUUCAACCGAAUAAUGUUAUCAGUGGUAGUAGCAUAAGUAGUAGCAAUAGUAAAAAAGGAAAGAUAAGCCAUACUUCCCAGCUCCCUUCGUCGCAGCCGAUGCUGAAUCCAAUGCCACCGCUAGUAAGUGUCAAUUCUGGCGGACCACUAAUGACCGGUUCCAGUGUCGGAACGCCCAGUGUCGUGCCAAGGGUUCAAACUAUUCAGUUAACGCCCCAGAAACAACAACUAUUGAAAAACGUCCAGCACCAAAUACAGCAACUUUCGGCAAAACUACAGAAUAAAAAUUUACUGGCCACACUAACCAUUCCGGCGGACUUUGAUCCCACGAAUCCAAUCUUCAAUAAACCACUGCCCGUACUAACCAACAUUCAAAGCAUGACGGAUUCCGAAAUAACGCAAGCACUGCAGCGAUUAUUUAUCGAACAACAGAAAAUUUUGGCCACAGGGAAAAUCAUUCCAACGAUACCAGCCGGGCAUGCUCUAGCGGUUGCUGCCGCAAAUGUACCUCCUCCUCCUCCUCCACCAGCACCUAUCACAGGAACAACUCCCGGAGGUGCCAUAAUAAGCAGCGAACCAAAGCCUCAACAAGCAAUCGUAUCACCAAUAACUGUAACGCCAACUUCGGCAAAUGCUGCUAUGUACCAAGGUGGUGCUAACAUGCAAACUAUUCCGUCACCAAUUCAGAUCAGUUCACCGCAGGUAGCCAAACAGGAUAUUAUCAUUCCGGCUUCUUCAGUUUCAAAUUGUGCCAGUUCGAUUGUCACUAGUUGCAGUCCAUCAAUGUCCAUCACUAUAACCAAUAGCAUGCAAGCACAGCAUACCAAGGGAGCCCCCACGAAACUGCCAGGAACACCAGCGACUUCGAUAAUUCCGAUCAGCUCAGCACUUCCAUCCAACACGACAGUAACGUGCGCCCAACAGCCCCAGACAGUCGGGCAGUCGAUCAUAAAAAUCAACUCAAAGCAGCCAAUGCAGCAUCAAUCUCAACCGCACCAUCCGCAGCAUCAAAUUAUUUUGAACAAUAAAAAUAUCACACUAACGAGUACUCAAACUGGCAUUCCCAUGCCCUCGUUGGUUCCUACACAACCACAGCAAUCACAUUCAAUGAGCGUGACCAAGAUCGAAGUACCCCCAACACCCCCACCAUCGCUGUUAUCCACACAGCACCAAACAAAUACGCCAGUUCCACCACCCCUCGUCCCUACAUCUAUGUCAAUGUCCCAUCCGAGUAAAUCUUACUCUGGUCAAUCAAUUGUCAUAGUGAGUGGAUCCCAAGCUAUCCUCACCAACGCACUCCCUCAAAAUGUGACAGGGGUGGCAACUACACCAAAGCCUUCGGUGAUUUCAACAUCUACCGGUGGCAUCGUAGUUCAAGCAAAUCCUUCCCUUCACAUUCAGCUGCAGCAACCUCCACAACCGAUGACCAACGUACCUCCGCCGUUAGUUACAAUGGCUACACCAACAGCCCCAACUCCUACAGCAAUCGUUUCAACGAACUCCAGCAUACCUCAUUUGGUAACGACAGCAACAAUGCAACCGUCAACUGCAACCAGCAUCAACACUUCUCCUGUGAUCACAUCGAUUUUUAACAGCGGCCCGACUAUUCCGGCACCCCCAGCCGUUACUGUCGCGGCACCGGCCACGCCAACGAUUGUAACCACGACCAUCCUGGGCAGCACCAAGCCGGUCGUAGUGCCGCGUUUAAGUUUAUUCGAACGUCAAAUCUCGGUGGAUCAAGAUGCUUGCACCAGACCGGACACCAGUACGCCCUUCGGUGAUAAGCAGGACGCGGUGAAACGGCUAAUCCGUUACCACUGCAUGUACGAGGAACGGUGUCAGGAGGAUGAAGGGGAAGAGGAUGUCUUCGAAGCAGCGGCUUUAGAGUUUCCCGUGAUCUACAAGAAUAUGCUGAACAAGUACCAGUACUUGCUGAUGCAGGAAUCGAUGCGCCACGUCCGCACGACCGAACUGAUGAUGGUGGAUCGAAUGCUCAUCUCGGACGUGAAAGAAGAAAUCCUUCAGAUGCAGCUAAACAUCAAUGAGCUGCUGAACCCCAUGGUUAACGAGAUGCAUCUGGGUGUGGAACCGCAGCAACAGGAAUUGUGGCUCCAGCAACAAUCGCAUGCUACCGGUGAGGAAGAUAGCAAAGUUAAAAAAGAGGAGAUCCCAUUCGAUCCAUGUGCUGAGCAGGCGGUGGCGGCGGCAGCAGCGUCUUUUACAGCUGUUGGUGCUGCGACCAUCAAGGAAGAGAAUAUCAAACUUGAAACAAGUGCAACAGACGAGCUGGUGGCGUAUCGGCAUCAGAGCGGGCAAAAUUCGCACUUUAGUCAGCAGCAUUCGAUGCCGGCGGUGAGAAGUAAAGCGGUACGGACUUCGUCGGAUUUGUUCAAAAAAGAAAUGGACAGCUUCGAUGAUAUAGAAAGUGAGAUUACUCCUAGUUUCAUCAUGAAGAAAUGUGAUAGUGGAAAAGGCCAGCCGACAGCCGCCUCACAGGCUCAGCCACCACCGCCACCGUCGUUGAGUUACUUUAAUCACGUCGGUGAGAAUCAGUGUCCAGGUGGAACCAGCGGUAGUAAGAAUGAUGACGCAAAAUCCACCGAACAGUACGACGAAUGGUUGUGCAUUCAGAAGGAACUCAACUAUCUGACGGAGGAACGAAGAGGGAAUGUUUCGAAAAGUGUGAAGAGUCCGGAGGAGGAGAUUAUCGAGAAGCAACUGGAUGAUCUCUUUAAUCCGUCGAGUGAGGAGAAGGAUGGCGAUGUUAGUCGUAGCCAAGUAGAUUCUCCACUGGCGGAUUUUUUCAAUGCUCAACAGCACGAUUCGGGUGUAGGUGGAAGUGCGGGUGGAUCAAGUGUGCCUUCGGACAAAUCAGUAGAAAACCGAUUGGAAGCUUUGUUCGGCGGAACGCCUCUGCACAACAGAAGCUCCGAGGAUAACUCACCCGAGGGAGUAGUGGAAAAGCAAGAUGAUUUGAUCGAAACACGACUGGAGGCCUUGUUCCAGGGUGGCGAAAGUGCGCUGGAUAAUGCGAGCUUUUUGCAUAAAUCUAACAACUUUGAGAUGAUCCAGGCACAGUUGAGUCAGAAGCGCCACUGGAGUUCAUCGGAAUGUGAUUGGGAUGAUGGGGAAAACUCGGGAAAGAGACAGUGUUUACCGGAAAAUAAUAGGGAUCAGAACGACGAUCAUCGUUGGUUGCUGGAAUGUGCUCAGAAUCAAAACCAACCUCUCGCGGAUCACAGUUCGGGCGAUAUCCGGGCUCAAACGCAGACUCAGCAAGGUGUCGAUGCAAUCACCGCAGGUAACAAUCAUAUUAUUAACGAUAAUGGUGGUGGUAAUCGACAUGUACCUAGCACUAACACUAGUAAUAGCGGCAGCACAACUAACUCGAAACGCACCUCCUGGAAUGGUGAUAUUCUACUCGCUUCUGCGACCGGUGAUCUGGAUAUGCUUGAUACUAACCUCAGUCUUAGUCUGAAUAAUCUUAACAGCAUGUGUGGGACGGUGGGUAUGUUGACAAACGAGGUUCCUUCUGCUCAUCAUGGUCCACUUUCGGAUCAUAAAUCGUCCAAAAAUUGUUUCCACUCGCCGGUUCUCGGCGGUGAAAACUGUGAUGACACUAAUCUGAUUGGCGAUCUUGGCACCGGUGGUGGUCUUAGUAACUCUAGUCACUCUCAUAAUCAUGGCGGCAAACUAAAUUAUCUUGACCGUGAACUUCUAGGGUUGGAUGGACCGAACGACGGUUCCAAGCUGCCUCACCAUCAUCUUCAUCAGCUAUCUUCUCAUGUGGCGUCGAACGAUUUGCAGCAUCAGUUAAAUCACAUCAACUUUGAUGCUAGUGGUCAUCCUACGCUGAACUUCGAGGAAGACAUCAGCAGACAGGUUCAAAAUGCUAUCGACUCCAUCCUGAAUCUGCAGAGCAACGAAACCGAGGCCGCGCUGCACUUUCCACUGGAUCAAUCUUUUCUGACGGAUAGUCCUCAAACCAUGCAACGGCCUCCAUCGUCGAACAAACGACGAUAUCAUCUAAUCAACCGUCUCGAUGACAUCAGUGACUGUCUCGGUUCGGCAAUGGAGGAAGGUGGCGAUAAUGCCAGUAGUCACCAUCAUUCCCAUCUUAACAAUCACCAUCUGAACCACGUGAUACAUCAUCAACAGACAGUUCAUUUGCACCACCUGCAUCAUCUUAACAACAACCAUCACAACCCAACGGGUACGGUACAGGUGGACAGUAGCAGCAGCAGCAGUAGUAGUACCAGUAGUAACAGCAGUACUGGCGGUGGUGGAGAUCCACCGGUUAAAACUAUUAUCAAAUCUUGACAACUUACGAGCGUCGGAGGACCACUACCACCAUCCGCAAACGGAGUGGUAAUAGUCAACGCACCUUCCGAAGCAACGGCAACGACAGUGGCGGUGUAGGUAGGGUGUGCUGCGGGAAAAGUUGAGUUUACGGCAGGCCGGUUUACAAUGUACGGGUAGGUUUUAGUAAUGUCGAUUGUGAUUCUUAAAAAGUUUUAUCAAUUGUGAAUCUUAAAGUUUUACCUUGAAUAGUUAUUUUGCCUCACGGCAAGGGGGAGCAGUAUUCAGCAGGAAUAUUUUAAAUGAAAUUUAACGAAUAUUUUUACAAUCCACGAUUUGUUUUUUUUUUUUUUUAAUUAUCGGUGAGGUCCAUAGUUUCCGAAUUUAUAGCGUAAAUGGGGUUAAAAAUGAGCUGGUUGUUUCAAUGAUUUUAGUGGUGAAGUGAUAUCUUGGAUAUCGUGACUUCACAAACGUUGUACGCAACUCAACGGGGUACGAUCCCUUAUCCCACACAUAGAUUUAGGAAUGUUCCUAACUCGGAAAACAAGGCGAAUGACCGCAUGAUUAAAACCUCUGUAAUCGAAACAAAACAAAAUGUACUUGGAAUCGCUAGUCUAUGUAUCCCAAGAGGUUCUAUCACAUUCGCCCGAAUGACAUUCGCCCGAAAGUCAUUUACCCGAAUGACGUUCGCCCGAAAACCAUUUACCAGAAUGGACCAUUUACCCGAAUGUCAUUAACCCGAAUGGACCAUUUACCCGAAUGCCAUCAACCCGAAUGGACCACUCGCCCGAAUGUCAUUAACCCGAAUACCACAUUCACUCAUAAGCAUAAUAUAAAAUGGGUCAUUGUCUAGUUUACUGACUUUAGUGAUAGAAGUCCGACUUUAAUGCGGUUUUUUGCCAAAAGGAUGUAUUUUAACCUAAAUAAACCAAAUCCGAGCGGGAAAUGUAAAAUCUUUAACCAAAGUUUGAUAAACUGAACAAUAACAGGUGAGCUUAUACAGCAGAGCUAGUCUGAUGCGGCUUGGCCGCAUAUCCGAGGCCAAGGAUCCGAAGCGGCGCAAAGCCGCUGAGGUUCCGUUGGACGAGGCGUUGAUCCACCCGUCGCCGGAGUUAUAAGCAAACCUGUGAUCCUCUUGUUUGCCCGGUUUACUCAAACAUAGGGGCUAUAGCUAGUUUAAAGCCGACUGAGCGGCAGCGAAGUCGGACAGUGCCCCAGAAAGCGAUGUGGCGUAGCCACAUUAGUCAACCGUACACUGACCAAUGUGGCUAUGCGAUAUCGCUUUUAGGUGUACUAUCCGACGUCACUGAGGUUCUGUUGCCAACGCCACAAAUGCUCUUCAGGUGCUGAUGCAUAUAGGACGCAGUUGUCAGCUCGAGCGGUGAAAUCUUGUGAUAAACCGGACAAAAUAAUAAGAAAUCUUUCGGAAACACCAUCGAUCGAGGUAAAUAUAUAUUUAGAUGUUCCGUUAACGAAUUGAAUCAACUAAAUUAAUAAUUAUAUCUUGCAUGGUGGAAGUCCAUUUGGUACAACACCGUUAGUAAAUAGUAGCUCAUAAAUGUUAUGUGGCGAAGCUAGUGUGAUGCGGCUUUGCGACAAUUAACGAGGUGGAGGAACCGAAGCGGAGGUCCCUACUCGGCAAACCUGUGAUCCAUUGGUAUGCUUGGUUUACUGAAAUAUAGGGGUUGAUUCCUUCUUUAAAUAUGAGCAGUUCUUUGAGUUUGUAUACCAAAUAGCCCUCGCAAUCAAACCGGUGAUCCACUUGUUUGCCCGGUUUACUCACACUUAGGGAUUGAUUCCUUCUUUUAAACAUGAGCAGCUCUUUUCCCACAAUUAGGAGUUUAUUGCUUCUUUCAAACAUAACAAAUCCUUGGAUCUGCAUGCCAAAUAAGUUUGCAAAGAAACUGUUGAUCCACUCGUCUGCCCGGUAUACUCAAACAUAAGGGUUGAUUCCUUCUUUUAAAACAAGAGCAAUUUCUUGAAUCUAUAUACCAAAUAGCUCUACGUAAUAUUGGAUUUCGAGACAGGAUGAUUCUUCCACCUAAUUCACGGAUGAUUCUUCCAUCUAAACCAAAGUUUUUUCAGAAAAAUAAAACAACUUGGUCUUCAGACAAAAUAUUCGGAAGAUCACAGAAUACAACUAAUGUACAAACAAGUUGUUGCCUUGGCUUUCUUACCCCAUCAAGGUAUUCCAAUGGCACUCGAAGAAUUGAGGAAAAGUUGUCCAAAGGCUCUCGACGAUUUUUUGUAUUACAUUAGUAAAAAUUGUAUUUUUGGUAGGAAGGAAACUAAUCAAAAAGUUUCGCGAUAACCCUUCUUUGCCCCCCGCUUCGUGGUCAGUUUUCGAAAAUGUAUCGACAAAGAUUCCUAGAACCAUCAAUAAUGUAGAAGACUAACACAAGAAAUGAAACGGUUUGUUCAGCCGUGGAAAUUCUAUGGUGUGUUGAAGCAGUUGCAGCUUGAAGAGAAAAACCCUAGUACGUAUUUUACGUACGUUUUACGUACACUACAAGCGGUACCAACAGCUAAAAAGUCUAAAAAGAACUCACGAAAGGAUCUAAAACUGGAAACCCUAGUUAAAUCAUACAAACCAGGUGAUUGGAUUAACUAUUUGACUGGUAUAGCUUUAGUGUUAAUUUCUUCAUAGCAUCAAAUGUAAUAAAAUUUGUAUUUCAUCUUAAUAAAUUAAUUUUUUUCGAUUGACAUUUCGAUGUUUUUCGGGUAUAUGGAAUUCGGGCGAAUGGCAUUCGGGUUUAUGUUGCAUUCGGGCGAAUGUCUUUCGGGUGUUCGUGGCAUUCGGGUGAAUGACAUUCGGGUUUAUGUGACAUUCGGGCAAAUGUCCUUCGGGUAAAUGGCUUUCGGGCGAAUGUCAUUCGGGCGAACGUGACAGAAUCAUCCCAAGAGUACCCCCAUUCUUUUCGUAUUUGCCUUCUUUAAAUCAUCUCAUAACUAGCAUCACUUGUCUAUGGAACUUAUUAUGCGCGGCGUGUGACUUGAGGUGACUAACGUGACUUUACGUGACUUUUUUCACUCGAUUCUCACAGUUGACUCGGGUGAGGUGAGAUUCUCCAUUGCGGUUAAAUGGGCGUCUCACGUCACCCGAUGCGACUCUUCAGAAUUGGGUGAGAAAAUUCACGUAGAGUGAGGUGAGAUUAGUCGUCUCACGUCACACGCCGCGCAGAAUGAGGCCGUAUAUUUUUGCUAGUUUGAAUAAUGUGUUGGUCUUCGGGUAACGGUUGCGCUAAAAAGUAAUUUAUGAUACUUGUUUGAUGGUACAGAGGAAAUGCGCUGAUCUCAUAAAUCUGUUUUCAGCAUCGGAGCAUUAGUCUUGCAUUUGUUUCAUAUGCGGAAUAACCGACUGCGAAGGCUGUUGAAGCAAAAGUUUACAAAUCUUCAAUGGUAUUGUAGUACAACCCGUUGUUACUGCAUGGGUGUUUGCAAAGGGAAGAUAACCGUACAGGUUGUGAUUGAAAACUUGAGACAAAUAAAAAACAUUUUUCAAAAAUUGUUAUUCGCAUAUGGAGGGUCUGUUCAAUUUUUCCUGAUGUGGUAAAAUUUGAUCGGUUGGAAAAUAUUCCUCUCGUUUCCUAGUACAAGAAAUUAAAACGUUACCACCAAGUAGGGACAGAAUCUAGUACUGUACUGACCCAGUGAUGAAAACCUUGGAUCGAACACUAGAUUAUAUGCGAAUUCACAAUUCGGAAUCUAGAAAUGGUUUAAAUGAAAAAAAAAAACCUUUACACCAGAGGUAAGCUGUUUUUAAUGGGUAUAUUUUGUUUAUUUUAUAAGCAACGAGAAGUUUCCUGGAGCUAAGAUUCUUUCAGUCUCUUUUUUCAGAAAGCAUAAAACCUCCUUAUCUUUUGUACCAAUAUAUGGAUAUCCACAACGGCCAGUUGUUUUUACGAACAAAUUUGAUUUUUAUGCAUAGUACUACUUAUGAUCGGAAGUCAGUCCCAUAAAGAUAGGAAUCCCGUAGAAAAGGGGACAAAUAUGUGAUCAUGGGCAGAGUAGUAGUUUAUCCAUCGAAGCGUGUCCACAAAACCUAUCAUGGCAGCGGUGCUUGUAUUAUUAACAUAAACCUAACGAUAAAUGAAAAUCCAGCGUUUCAUAAUACAUGUUCGAUGCGACAUACAUAACAUUCAAGACCUUUAGUUGAUAAAGCCACCUAUAGAACCAAACCCAACCGUACCAAUAACGACAAAAACUGUACCAUACUAGUUGCGGAUUAUUCUCUCCACCGAGUAGUAGUACGCAGAACAAAAAUACACAACAAAACGUGAAACCGGUCGAGAUAAACAGAAAUGAAGAGACAAACGUUGAUAAGUGUCAGAUAUGUAACUGUAAAUAUAGUAAAUAACUAAUAGUACAGUUAGGCUAAUCAUGCUACUUUAGGAAGGGGUUUAAAUUGUCUCGAUAAUCGCACGCUGUACAUAAAACCAAAUAUCUCGGAGAUGGUGUACAGUUUUAAACUAACGAUUAACUUAACUCAUUAGACAAGUAAACUUUUCGCUGCUCUACUCUCACGCGGAUUGCACCCAACAAAAUGAUGCUAACCUAAGCUUGAAACAAAUACCGACGGAAUUUAAGAAUGAGUGAGCAACAAGAAGAAAAAAAACCCGCAAGAUAGACACCGAAUAACUUAUUCAAAACCACAUGAAACAAAUCAAAGCGGGCAGCAGUAAGCUACAAUUAUACUAUAUGAACAGUAGAAUCUAAGAACUUUUAGCUUUUAAGAGGUGAACAGUAAUAAAAACGAAACGUUUUAAAUCUUUGAAGCAAGAUUUUAAAAGCUACAUGCGCACUGAUAAAAUGUGAGCGAACUAAAACUAAAGAGUGAAAAUAAGACAUGAAAAUAUAUGGUUAAAUUUACUCCUCCGUUGUUACACGGAUAUAAACAACACAACUUUAAGUUUAUGAAGACUUUUUGCUUUACCUUCCCUGACUAACGUCGAAGGGACUGUGACAACAAAGUAAACUAAUUGUAGAGAUUUUAUAAGAGUGAAAACGAUAUUACGUAAGUAGGUAAUUUAGUUUUGUAUUAUUUUCAAAGCUGAUUUAUUUAAUAUUUAUAUAAAAAUAGCUCCGGAAACAGCAAACAAACUUACAAAGCAAAUAAACGGAGAUUGACAGUGGUUGAUUCUAUUUGUAGUUUUUUUUUCUUUCGACGCGUGCCCACUGCCCAACCAAAUUAAAGGCGCACUCAAAGAGCUGCGGUUCGAACCAACAAUAGAAGAUUUACAUGCAAACAGAAAACAAAUGUAUAAAUAAAUACACUAAAGUUGAGCUAGUGAAAUUGAUUGAUCUACAUCAGUACUACCGCUUAAAGUACGAAUAUGUUAGAAAGUAUCUUCUCUGCGUAUUGGUUCGUAUUAUAAUUUUUCGUCCGUAUUAGAUAUAUUGAGGUGAAUUAAACGAUUAGUGAGAUUUGCGAGCGACAGGAUAAAGUUUCUGCAAACCAUUGAUCAUGUAUAAAGAGAAAAUGUUUAACGAAAAUUGAAAAUUACUAUAAAAUAACAAUAAAACAGAUUUUUAUUCAAUUU